ACAAUACAGUCAGGACCUGAGAGUGUCUGGUGUCCUGAGAGAGACCAAGGCCUGACCACGCAGCCACGCUUCUACCAACAGUAAACCCCCUUCAGGUGAAAGUCAAAGCCUGGCACUGUAAGGGUUAAUAUCGUCUUCUGUUUCCUUCUCAUCAUUUCCUGAAAGAGCUCUGCCUGUGUCUUGAGAAAGAAAGAAAAAAAAACUUCCUGCCUGGACUUUCCAGCAUUGAGCUUCAGCCUAGGGAGAGAGCAACACUCAACACCUCAGAACAUGGGGACCGUGAAGGUGGUCAGUCCUGGACCAAGAAUGGACAGCUAGUGGGGACCUCUCAUGGUCCUAGCCAUGCUGGCACAUAUGGAGUGUAAAGGUGGUGCUUUGGAAAGCGGUGCCAUAAUGGAUUUCAUGAGCACCACCAAUGAACAGAAGGAGGAAGCGGAGCUGCUUCUCACCUAUUUGAAUGUCACCGAUUUGGUAACUAUAAUGGAAAACCUCUAUCGAGAUGGGGAGGUGUGUGCAGGAGAAAAAAAACCCGUAACACACGGCCAAGAGGACUGUAACAAUGAGGAGCGGACGGACUCUCUGUUUCUCAGUGGACAAGAAAAUUCUCUUCUGUCAUCGGUCAAAUACGGAACUACUAAGGAAUUACUCAGCUUCGCAAAUCAGGUGUCAGAUGCCACUAGACAUUUACAUAAAUCUCUGCAACAGGAAUGUGGGAUUAUAUUAAACAAGAUGCUCACAAUACGAAAUGGGCGCUAUCAGACGGACACGGACGUACUGUUGUUUCCAUGGAAGAUGACCUACAAAAGCAUCGGUUCAGAGUUCAUUCCUAGGGGGGCAUUCGGCAAAGUUCAUCUGGCGCAAGAUAUCGAGUCAAGGAAGAGAAUGGCGUGUAAACUGAUCCCUGUGGAGCAGUUCAAGCCCGCAGAUGUGGAGUUUCAGGUCCAGUUCCAGCAUGAGAAUAUUGCAGAGUUAUAUGGAGCCAUCUUGUCUGAGAAUAUGGUUCACCUAUACAUGGAAGCUGGAGAAGGAGGGUCUGUGCUGGAAAAGCUGGAGAGCUGCGGACCGCUGCGGGAAUUCGAAAUUAUCUGGGUCGCCAAACAUAUUCUGAAGGGUCUCGAUUUCCUUCACUCUAAAAAUGUCAUUCACCACGACAUUAAACCCAGCAACAUUGUAUUCAUGUCAACAAAAGCCGUCCUGGUGGAUUUUGGCCUCAGCAUUCAGAUGACUGGUGAUCUGUAUUACCCGAAAGACUUGAGGGGAACUGAGAUUUACAUGAGUCCAGAAGUUGUUCUCUGCAGAGGACAUUCGACUAAAGCUGAUAUUUAUAGUAUGGGCGCUACCAUGAUUCACAUGCAGACAGGAAAUCCACCCUGGGUGAAGCGAUACCCUCGGUCAGCAUACCCCUCCUACCUGUAUAUUAUACACAAACAAGCUCCCCCAUUGGAGGACAUUGCUGAAGAUUGCAGCCCUGUCAUGCGAGACUUUUUGGUAUCCAUCUUGGAUAAGAAUCCAAAUCAGCGACCAACUGCGGCGGAGCUACUGAAACACGAGGCGCUGAACCCACCUCCGGAGGACCAGCCCCGCUGCCAGAGCCUGGAUACGGCUUUGCUCGAAAGGAAAAGGAUGCUUAAAAAGGAGCUUGAGCUGCCUGAAAACAUUACAGAUUCUUCUUUAUACACAAGCGAGGAGUCUGAGCUGCUGAGGAGACAGCGAUCUCUGUCCAUCGACCUGGGCGCUCUCGCUGGAUAUUUUAACCUUGUGCGCGGGCCUCCUACCGUGGAAUAUGAAUGUCAAUAAAUGGAGGACAGAAAGGACUGAUAUCAAAUCUGAAGAAACCUAAAAAAAAAUCUGCAUUCAUAUUUUGGAGAAAGCUGCAAAGAAAUGCUGCUGUAUGGAAAGUGAUGGAUGGGUGAAUAUGGGGGUAACAGUGCGACAUAAGGAAAUUCGACAGCUGGCUCAUCCGCACUAAACCCAUGUGGACGAACCAGCUGUUAGUUUCUCUUUACUGUUUAUAGCCAACACUUUGCUACUAUUUGUACAAUACAUACUAUGUAAGAUUUUUAAGAGAGUCUCUGCUCACAUCUAUAUAUAUAUAGUUGCACAAUAGGAGCAGGUUCCUAAAUGUACUUGAUUAUACGUGAAAUGUGAAUUAUUAUGUUUUAAUAGGCCUAUAGUACAUCCUCUCGGAUGAUGGAGAACGCCAAUGUCAUGAGCCGCGUUGAUCGCCCUGCUUUUGACAUUGAUAAGGUUUAUUUUGCUUCUUGAAUGUAAUUUGACAGUCAUUCAUACCGUGUAUGAUGAAUGUGGAGAGUGCGUCAGUAUAAAGCAUUCGUUCUAGAGUGUCAUCUGUAAUCUGUAUAACGGAUUGCAAAAAAAUAAUAAAUACGUCUGAAAUUGAGUUUGUUGAUUCUGUUUU